AUGUUAACAGGCAACAAGGUUUGGGAUUCAGUUGUUCGUACAACAGCUACUGAGAUUUUGAAAAAGAUUGGCGAUUGCUGCGAAUUGCCUAAAAUUCCUAAUCAGAUUUCGAAGGAUGCAAAGGCUUUCUUGAAAGCAUGUUUGGUGAAGAAGGCUGCUUUUAGAUUUACUGCAGAGAUGCAAUUAGAUCACCAAUUCUUAUCAGGGAUCCAGUGUGAUUAUGCAAUCUAUGAAUCAAAGGAUGAAAUGUUGAUGAAUUCAGCUCACACAUUGUGUGAUUCUGACAUUGAAGAGUCGAUGAAUUCAGUUGAGAUAUCUUGGGCUUCUGACAAGACCUUUUUUCUGUUCUCUCUUGACUGA